AUGCCCGAAGUUAUCGUUGCACUAGACGUUUGCCAGCAUGCGAUGCCAACUUUCUGUACCCCGCACACUCUGAUCGAAUACCACAAUACGCAGGACACGGAGGUAGCAGAGCGUCUUCGUCACGCCACAAUCGCCGUGACUUCGGCGGUGCCUAUAACUGCCGAAACUAUCGCUCAAUGCCCUCAUCUCAAGCUCAUCUGCGUGUCAAUUGUCGGCGUUGACCACAUCGAUGUUCAGGCAUGUUGGGCGCGAUCUAUCCGCGUCUGUAACACACCCGCAGCGACUACGGAAGCGGUUGCCGAACAUGCAAUUGCGCUGUAUUUCGCUGCGAAGCGGAAUGUUGUCCGGGCACACGAUUGGGUUAUGUCUGGGAAAGAGUGGGAGAAUGAAUCUACGGGAAUGACCGCAUAUGACCGAUUACCUACCCCUAUCAGCCAAGAUACGUUGGGCCUUAUCGGCUAUGGCAAAAUUGGAAAAAAGAUCGAAGCUUUUGCUCGAGCCUUGGGUAUGAAAGUUUUGAUCGCAGACAGAAAAGGAAUACCCGAUGGAAGCACCCGAGAUGGCCGCACUGCGUUUGAUAUCGUGCUUCAGCAGUCAACUGUUCUCGUGUUGACGUGCCCAUUAGACGAGUCAACGGCCAAUAUGAUCUCUGAAAAAGAGCUGCGAUCGAUUCAGUCUAAUUGUAUUGUGGUCAACGUUGGGCGAGGAGGUCUGGUCAACGAAGAAGCUAUGAUUGCGGCUCUUAAGGCUAGAAAAGUAGCUGGUUAUGCGACAGACGUAUUUCCCGUCGAGCCCGCCACCAAGGAGAAUAGUUUAUUGCUCUCAGGUGACAUCCCAAAUUUGACGCUGUCGCCUCAUUUGGCCUGGUAUAGCUCAGAGAGCAUUGAGCGCCAACAGGCCAGCAUUCAAGCCAUUGUGGAUGGAUUCGCAAGUGGAAAUUGCGUAAAUGUGGUUUGCUAG